AUGUUUAAUUUAUUCGAAGACCAAUUAAUUGAUGAUAUUGUUUCUCGAGCUGAACAAUCUCGUAUUUCAUAUAAUUCACAACGAGAAGAAUUUCGUAAUCUUAAUGCAAGUCUUCAAACAUAUUUAGGUGAUAUAAAAACAAUUGAUGAUAAUAAUCGUCAUUUACAAGAAAAUAUUCAUCAAAUACGUACAAAUUAUAUUUCAACAUUAGAAAAUUAUUUAAAACAUUUAUUAAAUGAUUUUCGUCAAAUAAGUCAACAAUUAACUGAAGUUCAUAUUGAUCGUUAUAAAUUCAAAUCACGUGCAAGACGUAUUGUUAAUGAACGUGAAGAAUUUAAACGACGAAUUAAUUUUAUUGCUGCUAAUGAAAAAGAACAAAUUAAACGUUUGAACAUUUUACAAAAAAAAGAACGGUCCGUUCGCAAUGAAUUUCUUAAGUUAAACGAACAACUACAAAAUUGUUUAACUUAUGUUGAAAAUGAAAAGCAAAUUCAUCAAAAAGCCAUGAAUAAAGUUGAUAGUUUACAAUUACAACUCGAACAGAUAUGUGUUGAACGAUCGAAAACUGAAUUUGAAAUUCAAACAUUAAAAGAAGAAGUUAAAUUAAUGCAAACAGCAAAAGAUUUUCUUGAUGACGAACGUGAAACAAUUAUAGCAACAGAAAAUGAAGCUAAUGAAUAUUUAUUAUCCCGUUUAGAUGAAUCCAUAGUUCGUAUACGUGAAGAUUUCGAUCAACUCAAUAAAGUACAAUUAAAACAAAUUGAAAAUGAAUAUAAACAAAUGUUACAAAUACUUGAAGAACAUUUCACAACUAAUCAAGAAAUUGAUGAACUUACAACAUCUCAUCAACGUACAAGUCAAGCCGAACAUGAACGACUUCAAGAAGAAUAUCAACAUGUUUUACAAGAUUUGACAACACUUAAUAAUCAUAAUCUAAUAUUAUCAAAACAAGUUCUUGCUAUGGAAGUCGAUUUCUAUUCAUUACGUGAUGAACGUAUACAACAAUUAACGUCUAAAGAUAAUGAAAUCGAACGUACUAAAAUUGAAUUACAAACAUUAAAAGAAAAAUUAAAUCAAUUAGCAGAAUAUGAUCGAAAUUUAAAAUUUGAAUUAACACUUUAUCGAGGAGUUUUAGAAAGUGAAUAUAGACGAAAACAAACAGAGCAACAAUCAUCAAUUAAUACUUCUUAUUUAAGAAGACCAACAACAUUACAAGCCAAUAAUAAUUUGAUGACAGAUAGAAGAACAUUGUUGACAAGUAGUACAAAUCAAAGUAAAUUUAAUGAUCAACAAGAGGAGAUUGUAACAAAUCGUGAUAGAGUCCAAUCGGAGUAUGAUACACUUGGAGAAGAUACAGAUAUUCAAAUUGAUAAUGUUUUAUCAACAAAAACUUCAUCCAAGAAUGAAAAAAUUGUAGUUCAAGAAAUUUUAUGGCAACCAGUGAUUGAACCAUUUGAUCAAGAACGAGAUAGAAUUAAUGUCAAUAUUAUCUCACAAGAUAUUGAAAAAUCUUCAAGUUCAACUUCGGCUGUUAUUCUUACAGAAGAUCAAUUAGUUCCAUCAUUUGAAGUUCAACAAUCAUCAUCUUGUACCUUUUCGGCAAGUUCAGAAACACGCAAGUCUUCUACUUCAUCUACCCCUCCAGUCAUACGAGAAGAUCAAUCAGUAUUUUCUCCAGCUCAACAAUUAUCCGCUACACCAAGCGAACUUCGAUCAUUACCAACGGUUCCAUCAACAAAUCAAGAACCAUUACCGACCGAAAUUGCUCCAGUUUUAUUUGAAGUUUGCCAAUCACCUUUAAUAUCUCCACAAGAAUCUCAAACAUUUUCUGAAAUUCAAAAAUCUCCAACUUUAUCGACCGCUCCAACGCUUCAGGAAGAACAAAUAGCUUUCGAAAAAGUUUCUCAAUUCCCUUCGACUCCUCCAGAAGAUUAUCAAACUAUAUCUGAAGUACCGCAAUCAUUAUCACGUACUUCUUCAGAAGCUCAAGCAAUAACAUCUGAUAUUCAAAAAUCGCCUUCUUCACCUACUACACCACCACCACCAACAACAGAAUAUCAACAAUCAGCUUCUGUUGUGCAUGAGCCACCAUCAACACCUAUACAUGAGCAGCAACCAUCAUGGCACGUUUCUUCAGAUGCUUCAAUAAUAACAUCUGAUAUUCAGAGAUCAUCUUCUUCGCCUACUACACCACCAACAACAAUAACAGAAUAUCAACAAUUAACCUCUGAUGUGCAUGAGCCAUCAUCAACAUCUCAACAUGAGCAGGAACCAUCAGGGCACGUUUCUUCAGAUGUUUCAGCAAUACCAGCUGAUAUUCAAACAUUAUCUCAUUCGCCUACUACACCACCAACAACAAUAAUAGAAUAUCAACAAUUAACCUCUGAUGUGCAUGAGCCAUCAUCAACACCUCUACAUGAGCAGCAACCGUCAGGGCACGUUUCUUCAGAUGCUUCAAUAAUAACAUCUGAUAUUCAGAGAUCAUCUUCUUCGCCUACUACACCACCAACAACAAUAACAGAACAUCAACAAUUAACCUCUGAUGUGCAUGAGCCAUCAUCAACACCUCUACAUGAGCAGCAACCGUCAUGGCACGUUUCUUCAGAUGUUUCAAUAAUACCAUCUGAUAUUCAGAGAUCAUCUCCUUCGCCUACUACACCACCAAUAACAACAGAAUAUCAACAAUUAGUUACUGAUCUGCAUGAACCAUCAUCAGCAUUUCCUCAAGACUAUCAAUCAUCGUUACGGGCUUCUUCAGAUGCUGCAACAAUACCAUCUGAUAUUCAAGAAUUUUCUUCUUCGGCUACUAGUGCAACAGCUACAGAGAAUCAGCAAUUAGCUUCUGAUGUGCAAGAAUUCCCUUCAACGCCUCCGCAUGAACAUCAAACAUCAUGGCACGCUUCUUCAGAUACUUCAACAAUACCAUUUGAUAUUCAACGAUCGCCUCCUUCACCUACUACACCACCAACAAUAGAAUAUAAACAAUUAGCCUUUGAUCUACAUGAACCACUUUCGAUACCUCUAGAAGAACAUGAAGUAUCAUCGGAAAUUCAGACAUUUCCUCCACUGGAUGAUGCUCCUAAAACACGUAGUGAUAACCAGGAAAAUGUUGCACCAAUAGGUGCCGAUGAUUAUCAAACAGCAGCAUUAUCAGAAAGUGAAUAUAAUAUCGAAAACCAACUAAGCAAGCCAUUUGAUGAAUUUGACGAUAAUCUUGAGCAUGAAGAAUCAAUCCAAAAUGUUAUUGAUGAAAGUGGUGCAACUAAUGAACGUGAUCAAUCAAGACAUCAUAUCGAAUCAUCAGCCAUAGAAGAAUUUGAAACUUCUCUUGAUACGAAAAUAAAUGAAUCACAAUCAUUAUUGUUGACAUUAAGUAAUAUUCAACAAGAUGAAAGGCAACAAAGUCCUUCACAAGUAGAUAAAAAUAUAUUAUUGGAUAACGAUAAUAAAUUAGAAUUAAAACAAGACGAUAUAUCUGAAGAAAUGCAAAGAGAAGAAGAAAUAAGUUCUUCUCUUACAAAUCCAACACAGGAGAAUUAUACCACUGACUAUUUCUCUUCAACAAUAAUCACUGACGAUCACAAAAAUGAUAAUAUAGAUGAAAGUAAUUCUUCACUAUCACAAUAUAAGCACAAACAAUCAUCAAGUAAUACAUUAUCUGAUAUUCAAGAAGUUGAUUUACCAACUUCUCAAAAAGUUGAAAUAACAUCCGAUGAUGAUGAUGAUCCAAGUUUAAUGGUUAUUAUGCAAGAUCUUCGUUAUGUAUUUCAUGAAUUAGCAAAUGAUGAAGAUUUAGUAGAAAUAAAUAAUGAUUUACCAGAUAGAUUACUUGAUCGUCUGGAAUUUCAUGAUCAUCUUAUACGAACAUUAUUCGAUGGUUUACUUAGAAAAUAUCUCGUACAAUCAGCUGCUCAAGAGAAUCGUCCUAAAACACUUGAUUGGAUUGAAUUUCGUGAUAUUCUUUUUCCUAUAAUAACUGGUCGUUAUACGGAACGACAUAUUCGAAAAUUAUUUGAUUUAUUUGAUACAAAUAAAAAUGGUUAUUUAUCAUUACACGAAAUAUCCGGAUUACUUGAAAUUCUUCAAGCUAAUAAUACUAUUAGUCUUGCACAGAAUAUUAUCGAUGAAUAUGAUACAGAUCAUGAUGGAAAAUUAAGUGUUGAUGAAUUAAUUGAAGCAAUUAAAAAAACAGAUGAUAUUAAUGAACAUGUUUUAUCAGAAGAAACUGAAAAUAAACAAUGGUUUAAUCAAACUCCAAUAGAUAAUCAAACAAUAUCAUUAGAAGUACCAACUAUAAAUUUUCCAACUGAAACUACUGAUAAAUUUAGCAAAGAAAUAUCUUUACUUGGUAGAAUAUUCAAAAAUGUAGGGGCGAAUUCUGAUAGUAAACUAUUGGAUAGUAAUAUUAAAAAUUUAUCAAUACAAAUAACAAAUGAAUUUAUUAAUAAUAAUAUAAAUAUAUCAAAUGAUGAUUUACAAUUAUUUAUUGAAUUAUAUCUUAAUAAAAAGCAAAAUACAGGUUUUGAAAGAAAAUUCUUUAAUUUAUUUUCCAUAAAAUCAAUUUAUUUAGAUUCAUUCAUAAAUUGGAUCGAAUUUCGAGAUGUUUUCUUACCAAUUGUUAGUAAUGGAUAUUAUUCCAUAAAUGGUAUUCAACGAUGGUUUGACAUAUUUGAUAUAAAUCAUGAUGAAAUAAUUACACAAGAACAAAUUAUUCAGUUACUUCAUUUAUUACAAAUAGAAAAUUCUGAAGAAAUUAUUAAUAAAUUCAAUGAAAUUACAGAAACACAUACAAUUGAUAAUGUUCCAUGGACACUUGAUGAAUUAUUAUUUGCAUUGGAUAAUGUUGAUGAAACAUGUACUCAUCUUAUUACGAACAACGAACAAAUAGCUUCAUUUGAUAUUGACUGGCUGUCAAAUAAUGUAUUUUAA